AUGGGAGUUGUGCUAAUCGACGGCGCGACGGUCCGCGACUUCACGGAGGACGCGGCCCACUUCAACAAGAGCGUCGACGAAACCUUCGCCCUCCUCGACUCCAACAAGGACGGGGUGCUGUCCCGCUCGGAGCUCCGGCGGGCGUUCGAGACCCUCCGCCUGGUGGACAAGGACUUCGGCGUCGACACCCCCACCGGCCCCGAGGAGCUCACCAGGCUCUACGACUCCAUCUUCGACAAGUUCGACGGCGACCGCAACGGCAAGGUGGAUCUGGAGGAGUACCGGUCGGAGGUGAGGAAGAUCCUGCUGGCCAUCGCCGACGGGCUGGGCUCCAGCCCGAUCCAGAUGGCUCUGGAGGACGACGACCAGAGCUUCCUCAGGAAAGCCGCCGCGCUCGAAGCCUCCAAACUCGCCGCCGCCAGUUCUUAA